ACCCCCUCCUUCGCUUUUACGCUGUGAGGCACGCAAGAAGCGGUAGCGUACACCCAUACCUAGAUGCAGUAACGUAGAGACUCAGGUGUGGGCCACCCAGCCUGCCUGUCCCUGUACCCAAAGUACCAACCAACCCGCCGCAGUUCCCUUCAACGCCUUACAGGGGGGGUGCUGCCCCUCUGAUCGAAUCACAUUCGGCUGCGUUGCUCGUCAACUGCUUGCAACCGCCCGUCUUUCCACUCCCGUUACCUUAGACUCAUCCCUCCCGCCUGGCCUUGGCCUGCACUCAUGACUUUGGUGGUGAAGUGUGCACCUCACUCAUUCACUCCCUCGGUUGGGGACAUCCAUCCAUCCAUCUCCCGUCUCGUUACUUCUCUCGUCCUUCUUGCAUCAUUUUCCAUUUUCUGCCUUCCACGACCCGACGACAACGACCACAUCUCGAAAAAGUUAAACCGAAUCAUUCCUGACGCUCCAAACAUUAGACGCAGCAAACGAAGAGCCAAACGGAUCCUUCCCCCCGCCACCUACCGUUCGGUCCAAGUCAGGGGUGCGCAUUUUUCCAGAAAUUCCCCAGUUUUGUGACAACUCCCGCCCUCUUUGCUCAAGACGACGAGGGUCGGUGAGCAAACCCCCAGACCAGGUCCUGCCUGCUUCGGUUCCCUUUUCCUUCUUCCCGCCAGCUUUCUCGACAUCUUGGAACUCAAACACACUGAACCAUCCCACCCUGGACCUCGAACCACGGUCCGCUUUGCCUUUUGGGCUCCCAGAAACCUUCCUACCCACCACCACCCUCUUUGGCAAGCUUCGCUGUCGGUCAACUUUCUUGCCUCUUACUCGUUGCGCCGACGGCAUUUCGACUCGACCCCGUCACCGUCACCGUCACCGUCACAGUCAACCUUUCUACCACUACUACGACUCGAAGAAACCCCCGCAGCAAAGCACAAGCGAUUCGGCUAGCUCUCUCGGGCUACGCACCCAUGCUCCGCCAUGUCCUCCCAAGAUCGUGACGUCGAGGUCGAUGUCGACGCUGAUGGCCGAGUAAUCUCCCUCCCCGACUUUGGGGAUAUGCGCCCGCGCAAGGAGGCCGAGAAAAGUGAAAAGGCCGAAAAGAAGGCAUCUCGAAGCAAAUCAGAGCGCAGCAGCAGGUCCGACAGAGAAAAGGGAGACAGGGAACACCGAUCCCACCGCGUGAGCUCCCGCUCCUCAAAAUCGAAAAUCGCCGACGGCAGCGGCCUCGGCAGUGACGUCCAUUCCCACUCCCACCGCCGCCACCGCACCCGCGAAGAACGAGACCGCGACCGAGAGAGAGACCGCGGACACGACCGCUCCUCUUCCAUGACCGACCUCGUUCCCGAAAUGUCUCGGACCUCGCUGACUGGUCCGGCGUCGACUGACCGCAUCUCGCUUCCCUACCCGACCUUCAGCAAGGCACACAGCAAAGAGGCCGUCCGCAAUAGUCGUGAGGACGUCUCAGGAUCGGGCGUUGGCGCCACGAGAAGGGCCGAUCCAUUCACCCCCGAGGCCACCGAUCUGGGCGACAGCGAACUCAAGCGAUCCCAGAGCGUCGAUCAUUCCGACAAGCAGCGCAAGAGUUCGUCCAAGAAGGAGUCGAGGCCGCCUAGUCCGCCCGAGACCGACUUGUCGGGCAAGAGACGAUCUGCCACCCCCGAGGAAUCGUCAAAGAAGGUGCGUGAGGAGCGUUCGAGCUCGAGACUUAGCGGCGAGACAUCCAAGAGAGACCGAGAAGACAGGCCGAGCUCGCGUCUCAGUGGUCUGUCGAGAUCCGGCUCCAGAGCCGACGAUAAGUCCAGGGUGAGCUUCAAGUCAAAGACUAGCAGUCAGGCGACGUACGUCAAGUCGCCGGCGUUCCCACCUGGCGUUCAGGAAAGCUUGAAUAUCAAGCCGAGCACUUCUAGAUCUUCCUCGAAGCGAAGCUCCUCGAGCAAGAAAAGCCGGCGUGCAGAGUAUCACGAUGGCGAUUCGUCUCCCGAAAGCCUGCAGGAUUCAUCUCCUAGAACCCCUACGCAAGCACCACCAUUCCCACCGCCCUUCGCCAUGAACGACAAGCCUCCGGGCCCUCCUCCACAGGUUUACCCCGAAAACGACAUCACACCAUCGGCCACUCCAAUGACUGAUAUGCCUCCUCCAACGGGACCUCCUCCUCCCCCGCCACCACCUCCAGCCCUGGAUGUACAGGAAGCACCGCGGGUGGACUACCUUUUACAGAACGGCGGUCUGAUCCAGCCAAUCCCGAAAACAUUCCUCUCUGUUCUACCUCGCCAGAAUGGCGCCCGGCCAUCUAACCCACCCCUAGUUGGCCCGCAGACUUUGUUCGCACCCUUUUUCAACCUCUUGGACCAGUACAACUCGGUUCUCAACCGCAACGGCUCCGUAGCAGUUGCGACUGGCCACCGAUCUGUGGCCCGCCGUCUUCUAGACCGCCUCGAAAACGUCUUUUCCAGAGAGCUUCCUGAGCACGGAUGCACUUGUGUCGUGUGUGAAAGAGGCCCCGAUAUUCAACAUCGUGGCCUCGGCUGGGGAGAGGUCCUCGAAUGGGUUAGCGGUCGCAUCGAUCUUCCGCAAUGGCCACCCUUUGACCUGGCCAGCUUGGGAUCCAAUGCUGCCGAAGUGUCAGCAGAGCUGCCACCACGGCCCGACUCGCCGGUCAAGAUAGACCCUGAUAUUGCCGAGGAGUUCCGCGAGCACUACCUCAGACAGUCUAAGAAAGUCAGGGGAGCCGUGGAUAAGUGGCUCAACACCUGCGGAGAGACCACCGCGCCGCCGCCACAAGAUGUAGACGAUGAGACACUCACGUUUGCUAUUCUCACCAAUAUGGACCCGGAAGAUCAGCCGUAUUUUAACGCAAUUCUGGCUGGCUCUAAUCACCCGAAGCCGGCAACAAGGGCUCCUACACCCUUGCACCGCGCCCGCCCGGAUCUCCUUGUUAGAGCCGGCUUGGCUCUGCAGCGUCUUUACCGACUACAACAAGUACCCCGAGACGCAGAGGUUGCCAUGUACCUCGUCAAGAACCCCCACACCCACGAUCUACUUGUCACCAUGUCCGACAUCAACACACAAGAAUGGGAGAUUCUGACUUCUGGACGAUUCGAUGGCUUCCUCUGGUCCGGAGCUGAUGGCGAUGACACUCCUACAGCUGAGUCCCGUGGCGCCACCCCUGCGAGCGGUUACUACCCCUCUCGGCCAGGGACCAUGAGCCCUAGCGUGCGAGGAACGCCAGGCUUCUCAGCAUCUCGCAACACUACACCAUUCUCCGCCUACUCUCGCGGCGCCACCCCCGCGUCCUUUGUGAGCAAUGCAUCAUCCGCGGCGGCCAACAAGCAGGCAGUAUCACGGGACGAAGAGAUGGAGAUGGCCGUCUUGGCAGAGGUAGAGCGAGAAAUCUACCAGGGUAUGGAGGCGUUGGAGGACGCGUUCGAAGCCCUUCACCUCAGGGCCGAAGUCGUCCGCACGGGGUUGCGCAACCGCGGAGCAGGAUUGAUGCACAGCCUUCAAAGCCGCCGGCGGAUCGAUGUUCUGCCCAAUCCGAGCUCCGGCAACUCGCAGUCAUCAGGCUACGAACGGCCCAGCUGGGCGCAAGGCGACUACGACGCCAAUAGCGACAGCGAAUGGGGAGGCGACGACUUUGAGCUGGCCCCCGACGAUUCGGCGAGUAACAUUAGCAGUUCACGCCAUCGACGACCAAAGAGACGUACAGAGCGACGGACACCGGCGCCGAUUGAGGAAGAUGACGAGGAAAACUGAACUCUACGAUAAAAAGGAAAAAUAAUGAAAUGCGUUUUUUUGAUGAUUGAUUUUUUGUUUUCCAUGGUGGUUUCGCUAUCAGUGAGCCACAAAGCUGUUCACGAAAAAGGGGUCGGAGAGAGAGAUGAAACGAAAUGAUGUCAGAGUCACGAAAGUUUGAUUAAUGUUCUGAAAAUACCAUGGUGGAAUUAUGCGACGAAAGCUGCAAUAUCAACUGCUGGCAUUCAAAAUUUGGACGGACGUUGAUGCGAUGAUCACUGAAUUGGUUGGUAGAGGAUUUUGGGGGAUAGGGGGGACCAGCCAACUGGAUGAAGCUCGUUGAAGGGUUGGACAUGUGUGAAGGGAACGUUGGAGUCUAUUUUCCAACGGAUAAUGGGUACGAGCACCACGUUCAAACGCGGAAUCAUCGUCAUCGCAAGCGUCAGAGGUCUACUUGAACCUCGAGGGUUUUCUGUCCCGUUUGCUUGUUAGGGAGAUUGGCUGCGCCGUUGCGAGACGCGAAAUUGUUCAUGGCCUUUUUCAAUGUGUUCCGGCUUGCAUUGUUCAUGGAGUCCUGGGUUUUAUUUUAUUUUCUUCUCCAUGGCCAUCGUCAUAAGGCGAGAGAGGGGUCUAUUUGGUUCUUCUCACCUUUACCCUCACCUCAGCUCGAAUUCAAACGUUUCCAAGGCUC